AUGGGGACGGGUGAGACGGGUGCGGCAGGUGACACGCGCGUGGUCGGUGCGGCAGGUGACACGCGCGUGGUGGGCGGUCGCGCCUGCGUGCCGCACUCGCAGCCCUGGCAGGCGGCCGUGCUGGACAUGUACAAACUGUACUGCGGGGGGGUGCUGGUGGCGCCGCGCUGGGUGGUGACGGCGGCGCACUGCACCACACCUGGACGCACCACGGUGGCGCUGAGCAAGCACCGUCUCUACGCCCGUGAGUUCAGCGAGCAGCGCCGCAUGGUCACCUGUAUCUCACCUGUCCCAUAUCUCACCUGUCCAUACCUGUCUCACCUCUCUCACCUGUCUCUCAGUAUCACCACAGUAGCCCUGGGCAAACACCGUCUCUAUGCCCGCGAAAUCACCACGGUGGCCCUUGGUAAACACCGUCUGUACGCGCGCGAGUUUGGCGAGCAGCGCCGCAUGGUCACCUGUCUAAUCACCACGGUGGCGCUGGGGAAGCACCGCCUGUACGCGCGUGAGUUCGGCGAGCAGCGCCGCAUGGUCACCUGUCCAUAUCUCACCUGUCCCAUCUCUCACCUUAUCACCACGGUGGCCCUUGGCAAACACCGUCUCUACGCCCGCGAGUUCGGCGAGCAGCGCCGCAUGGUCGCCCGGCGCGUGGCGCACCCCGGCUACGACCCCAGCACCAAGGACAAUGACAUCAUGCUGCUGCAGCUCGUGGCUCCGGCCGCCCUGUCCGAGCGCGUCCGGCCCCUCCCCGUGGCCACCUGCCUGCCCCGCCCCGGCACCGCCUGCGUCACCUCGGGCUGGGGCGCCACCACCUCGCCAGAAGUGACGUACCCCGAGGUGCUGCAGUGUGUCAAUGUCACGCUCUUCUCCCCGGCCGAGUGUCGCCGCUUCUACCCCGGCUCCAUCACGGCCAACAUGAUCUGCGCUGGCAACGUGCAGGGCGGGGCCGACUCCUGCCAGGGUGACUCCGGGGGUCCCCUGGUGUGCCGGGGGGCGCUGCAGGGCAUCGUCUCGUGGGGCAUGGAGCGCUGCGGGCAGCCCCGGCGCCCCGGCGUCUACACCAAGGUUUGCCGCUACGCCCGCUGGAUCCGCGACACCAUGGGGGACGCCUGA